CCUCCUCCUUCCCCCGCCACCACCGCCGGCCUAACCGCCUGCUCCCGCGUCCCGCCUCCCGCCUCCAUCCGCCACCCACAGUCGGUUCUCCGCCGCCCUGGGCCUCCCUCUAAGCCCCCUCCCAUCUUCCUCAUCUCCGGCGACCUCCUCACCCGAAAGCCCUAAGCCCUGUCGCCAGCAAGCUCCCACCCCGGAACCCUAAGGCCCCGCACCCACCCCACCCUAACCCUAAGUUUUCUUCCUCACCUCCGCCGACGACGCUGCGGCCAGCCGCGUCGGUGGUGAGGUCCAUUCCGGCACUUCUUCCUCCUCUCCGGCGGCUUCUUCUCUGCUAUCCCCGUCCGCCGUCGAGACCAACAGGGGAGGCGGAACAGGCUGCAGGCGACGGCCGGACAGCGACCGCGCGAUAGAGGUCAAGGAAAGCAGUUCGUGAUGGCUCCAAAACCCGCUGGAAAACAGCCGCUUCCAGAUGAUCAUCGUCUAGUACGGAUGAUGCCUGCUAAACUUUCUGGACAUCCUGAGAUUGAAAAACAAGCUGUCAGACUUAUAGUAGAGGAUGAAACUAUUGGAGGUUCAGGAGGAGCUUACCGUGCCAAGUUGCUUUAUGGAGACCGGCAUCCUGAAAACUGUGUUGCACUGUGUAGAAAAAGAUCGCGUGCCUUUGAAGUAUUUGAAGUUCUAAAUGCAUGCUCUCAUCCGAAUAUUGCAAAACCAAUUGGAGUCUGGGAAAAUGAAGCUAAGAAGUUAGGCUAUAUUGUUUUUCAGAAUUUUGAUGGAGCACUCAGCUCAGUUCCAACACAGGUUAUUUUUGAAGUGGAGAACCUAUUAGAACCGAAGCCAGCCAUGCACGGAUUUUCGGAGAAAGGAUUCAACAUCUUGUGGGAUCUCAUGUCAGCUGUCAACUAUGUUAAUGAUCAUUAUCAACAAGAACCAUCUCAGACUGAGAAUUAUCUUCCUUUGAAGUCUCUGAGAAUGGAAGCCUGUACUGUUUUCUUUCAACUGAAAGAGGAAGGGGACUAUCUGGUGCUGCUAACUGAUUUUGAGAUCGACACUGGAGAAAGUAGUCAAAACAUCAAGGGACAUAAAAGAAGGGGGGCGAAAGCCAAGGCUAGAACCUCAGGAGAACAACCAGAUGUACAUCAGAUACGCACCAGAAACUGGAACAAUAUGGGAGAGUACAUUUCACAGCUCUGUGCAGGCUGUAGUGCUAACUUUGAAGUUACCCACCUUAUUGAUAGCCUAAAAAACGAAGCAGCAAAGUAUGAUGACUUACUUUGGGAAGCAGGGCUCUGGGACCUGACUACAAAAAUUUAUUUUCUUCAUGAGAUAUUUUGGUGUUAUGACAAGGCUCCGGGUCUAAAAGCAGAUCUCAAUGAAAGGCUUCCCCUUGGACUUCAGAGCUGCAUUAUCAAGUUGAAUGUGAGGGAAAAAGCAAAUAAUGAACUGUCAGGUGUUACACCACCGAUUAUGAAUGAAUGGAGUCUGUAUAAAUCAUUGCACUUCUUGAGGGUUUUCCUAUUUGCCCAUCAGGCUGACAUUUUGGAGAAAUACAGUGGCCCAAAGGGUGACAUUCAAGAUAGAAAAUCUGCGGAAAGAUUUGUGCUCGAACAUAAAAGUGAUUACAUGGUGAGAAUCAUCGAAGAAAUUCGGGAUUUAAAAUGGAUUAAGACAUCACCAUAUUUACGAAGUAGGCACAACUACAUGAUUGAGCGUCACCACCCUCAAGAGAUGUGAACGAGUAACUGAUCGGUUGGCAGUAGCUGAUCUACUUGUAUAUACGGGUGUAGAAAUUAUCUCCUUUGACUAUCCAAUUAAUGCAAGAGGUGUAUGCAGAAGCUUCUCGUUCUCCGACGUCUUACUUCUUAGUUGCUAAGUGUUGUUCUGUGGGAGUUGAGUUUUUGGUUGUUUGUUUCCAGGGCGUUUGAUGUUGUUUUGCCCUGAACCUGCAAGGAGUUGGUGUCUCUGAAUUUGUAGGGUCAGGGUCCUGUUGUUUCGGUGGGUGUUUCAGGUUGCUGUGUGCAGUGUCUCUUUGUUAAGCUGGAGGUCCCCAGCGAAAGACGCUGUAAGAUGUUGCUUUGCUAUAUAGCAGGGCUGCAGCCUAAUUUUCUAAAAUAACAUCCUGUUGCGGAAUUGUACAA